AAAGAGAUCAGAAGACUUGGCAAGAGCAAGCCAACCCUCGCCGGAGUCGUUUCAGCCAAAGCUGGAUUAAAGGAGAGAAAUGAUCACAGCACAGCUCCGGCUCUGGGGCAAAAUGGUGAGAAAGGAGCUGCCAGCCUCCAGGGAGUUCCCACCACUUCUGUGAAUGUGCUUAGUUUUAAUGGGAACCCUUCAAAGGAGUGCCCAGUCUCAACCACGAACAGUACUUCUGGCUUCCUAAGGGAUGAAAAACACCAAGCAAGUUCUGCUUUUGAAGGGAGCAGGAGUCCAACUUUCUUCCCUUCACAGAAAGUCAGCCCCAAUGGAGACUCGGGCAAGAAGUGGAAUCUGGGACAGGCUCCAGGGCCUGCGUUCUCCCCAACGAGUACAAGACCGCUUUUUCCUGCUAAACCACAAAAGGAGGUUAAACUCACUUACUUUAAGAGGACAGACAUAGAGAGGGAGAGCACUGGCAGCACCUUGAUGAGAGAAGACGUCCCUGCUAAUACCGGUGCUGUUUUGAACAUGAUGGAAAACCAGAACCACAUCCCAGCAUGGUCCAUGAACAGCACAGAUGCCAGUUUAGCCGGUGGGGGAAAUACAGGAUCCCAUAUUGGAAACGGAGGAUUUGGCAACUUGCAACAAAAUAACGACUUGCAGGUCUUUUCAAACAGCCAAGUAGCAACAAACGUGAGGAGAAAACGAUCAACUGAGAAUAAAACGAGAAGAUGGACGCAGAAGCUCAAGGAGAGGUUUAAGGACAGACAUGGGAAUGCUGGGAAAAAGGGAAAAGGAGACGGACUUCUUGGACAAGAAACACAAGUAAUAAUGCCAGACACACCAGGCAACAAACCAAAUAAUGAUCCAGAUGCAACCUUCUCUCCUUUGGACUGCACUGAUGCCAGCAAAUUACAUCCUGCACAAACAGAAGACAACACUACUGCAAGCAACAUCAGGCGCAGCAGUGACUUUGACAUCGGCUUGGGGUCAUUCAGCCUUCUGGACGAGAUCACCAAGGGUCAGGAGUGGGCUAGGUUUUUAAACCCAAACCUCUCCACAUCCUCUGUAACUGAGAGGCCAUCAGAGGAGUCAUCAAGCCAAAUCCAUAUUCAGCCACAACCUCACAGUCUUAAUCAGUCACCGGGAACUUUGAAUCAGGUUGGAGUUGGGAACAACCCGUGGAGCUUCAGGAGCGCAGAGUCCUCACCUGGUCCAGUCUUCAGCAUGCCACAGUCAGCCCCUGCUUUCACACCUGUAAACUUGGACACUUCAGCAUUAAAGCAGCCGGCUGACCACUCGGAGCCAAUGGAAGAUGGACAAAGCCGAUCGGAAAUGCUGUCCAAACUCCAGCUUAGGUUGUCAGCGUUUGCAGAGCCAUCAGGGAAUCCUUACCAUUCAAUAGCAAGAAACAGAAUCCAGAUGAGCAGAAAGAGGCAACAUCAGCCGGCUGAGAGGAAAAACGAGGGAUUUCAGACUGAGAAACUGAGUGAUGGAGGAAAGACAGACAAAGGGCCCAUAUCUUCACCAUCCUCAACCAGCAUCCAAAUGAUGGGAGAGUCAGUGGAGUCACAGCAGGGAAACAUCUCAUCUUCACAAGAGCAAAGGACUCUUCCUGUCUCUCUUUCUCCAACGUCACUGAGUCCCUCUGCCCCGCCUCCCCGGAGUGUGCUCAGAAACAACAUGUCCCAUGAAGCCGAAUCCGCAAUGGAGACGAUGACAAAACGGAGGCGGGUCGAGGAGAACCGGCGGGUUCAUUUUUGCGAGCAGGUGAUCGCCAUAGAGUCGCCGGACAUCAUGGACGAUACGGUGGAAGAAGAGGAGGAUGAGGAGGAAGAUCUGGAAGCAGACGAUGACUCGUUAUUCGAGCCGGACUUUGAGGCAGUGCAUGGAGAAAUAGGCGAAGUGUUGCCGGCCCGUCGUUCAAAUCUCCCUGCUUGGAUACAAGUUCUGAAGAGGAUGAAUGCUGGGAAAAAGCACAGAUAGUGGCUGUAGAUCAGAAAUGAUUCUACUGAAUAAGUAAUGUUUAAGUAAUUUUAAAAACCAUCAUAUUUGAGGAGAGUUUGUCUCCAAAACAGGUUUGCAAGGUUGUGAGAGUGUCAGAGUUUUUAAAGUGGUUUGAAACCACUUAUAGUCUGGGACUCUUUGGUUACAGGAAUUUCUGUCAUUUUAUGCAUUUUUCCGGCCAUACAUGGAAACCAUGUAACUGAAUAUUCCUGCAGAAUGUGUGCCAAAUAUCUCUGGACAUUUGCAUUGUCCUGCCCAGAAACUGCUUCGUUAACAAGCAUUCAGUCAGAUCAUAUGCGUCUAGCAAUAAAGUUUAAACGAAAUGAUUAAAAUGUUUUUCUGCUAU